GCCCCCCGCGGCGGCCGCGCGCUCCUAGCCGACAAGUCCACGCAGUCGGCCCGGGGAGAGAACUCCGGCGUUGCCCUGCUCUGAGCUGGAACCUCGGCGAGCUCUGCCGCAACAGGUGCGCCCCUGACCGGCCCAUGCUUGCGGGCGCGGGGAGGCUCGGCCUCCCCCGGGGCGGCCACCUGUGCUGGUUGCUGUGCGCUUUCACCUUAAAGCUCUGCAAAGCGGAAGCUCCACUUCUCGGGGAGAAGCUAUCAGUGAGCACUUCAAUUUCACCAUGUUGGAUGGCAGAAGAAUUUGUGGUGACUGAAGAGUGUACUCGGUGUUCUAACUUCCAGACUAAAACCACUCCUGAGUGCGGUCCUACGGGGUACGUGGAGAAAGUCACCUGCAGCUCAUCUAAAAGGAAUGAAUUAAGAAGCUGCCGUUCAGCCCUGAUGGAACAGCGCUUAUUCUGGAAGUUUGAAGGCGCUGUGGUGGGUGUGGCUUUAGUCUUCGCUUGCCUCGUCAUCACUCGUCAGCGGCAGCUGGAUCGAAAGGCUCUUGAAAAAGUCCGGAAGCAGAUUGAGUCCAUUUAGCUGAGUCCUGCUGUGCUAUGCUGGGUCUCACAGACUGUGCCUCAAGUGGAGAAGGUCCAAUGAGCUAAUUUGCACUCUUAAGCUUUGUGGUAGCAGCACCUUUCCCUGACUCCCUCUCCAGACCACUAAAGAGCACAAUAAAAAGUAAAAUAGUGCUGGGCAUGGUGGCACACACUUGUAAUCCCAGCACUUGAGAGGGUGAGGCAGGAGCCUUGGUAAGUUAGUAGGCAGGCUGUGCUAAACUACAUACUAAGACUG